AUGUUGCGAUCUGCUGUCGGUAGAAUUUGCUUCCAUUUGCAUAAGAACAUAGUCCUGUCCAACUCUUGCCGAGUACCACAGUUAAGUACUGCUGCAUCAACGACAAACUUAAAGGAUAUUUUAGCAAAUAAAAUUCCUGAAAAGCAAAAGGAAGUUAUUGAAUUCCGCAAAAAAUAUGGUUCCACUGUUGUUGGUGAUGUUACCGUGGACCAGAUAUUUGGAGGAAUGCGUGGCAUCAAGGGCCUCCUGACAGAAACCUCUGUAUUAGAUGCUGAAGAGGGCAUCCGUUUCCGUGGAUAUAGUAUUCCAGAAUGUCAGGAGAUUUUGCCUAAAGCUCAUGGUGGAGGUGAAGAACCAUUGCCUGAAGGAUUGUUUUGGUUGUUGGUGACAGGCAAUGUCCCAAAUCAGAGCCAAGUGGAUGCAAUUUCCAAGGAGUGGAAUGAGCGAGCUGCUUUACCCAACCAUGUGAUCACCAUGUUGAACAACUUCCCAAGCAAUCUUCACCCGAUGUCACAAUUCAGUGCUGCCAUCACUGCUUUGAACAGUGAAAGCAAAUUUGCUAAGGCAUAUGCUGAUGGUGUACACAAAAGCAAAUACUGGGAGCUUGUGUAUGAAGACUCUAUGAAUCUCAUUGCAAAGUUGCCAACUGUGGCAGCAAUCAUUUACCGGAAUUUAUAUCGUGAUGGAACGUCUGUUGGCGCCAUUGAUCCUGACAAGGAUUGGACAUGGAACUUUACAUCCAUGUUGGGCUUUGAGGAUCCAGCAUUCACAGAACUUAUGAGACUUUAUCUCACCAUUCACAGUGAUCAUGAAGGUGGCAAUGUCAGUGCUCACACAACACAUCUUGUUGGUAGUGCCCUUUCUGACCCUUAUCUUUCAUUUGCUGGGGGCAUGAAUGGGUUGGCUGGCCCUCUCCAUGGACUGGCUAAUCAGGAAGUGUUGGUUUGGCUUACUAAGUUACAAAAAGAACUUGGAGGUGAAGUGACUGAUGACCAACUCAGAGAUUUUAUUUGGAAUACACUCAAAUCUGGACAAGUUGUACCAGGCUAUGGUCAUGCUGUCCUUCGUAAGACUGAUCCUCGUUAUACUUGCCAACGAGAUUUUGCCUUGAAACACCUUCCUAAUGAUCCUAUGUUUAAACUUGUUUCUCAGCUUUAUAAGGUUGUGCCUGAUACUCUGAUGCAACAUGGCAAGGCCAAGAAUCCUUGGCCCAAUGUUGAUGCCCACAGUGGUGUCCUAUUACAGUAUUACAACCUAACUGAAAUGAAUUACUACACAGUGUUGUUUGGUGUGUCACGAGCUCUUGGAUGUCUGGCCUCUCUCAUCUGGGACAGAGCCCUUGGUCUUCCCCUUGAGCGUCCUAAAUCAUAUGACAUCAAACAUCUUAAGAAAAUGGUAGGAACAAAAUAA